CAGUCGUUGUGUACGAACGAACCGUUUGCGUAUGGAUGUGUGCGGUCGACUUGUUUGUAUUGUUCUGGACUACGAUUACUGCCAGACUUGAACAUUGUUUCGGGGGCCAGUAAAUUGCGAGGAGAACCCACAGUUCCCGAGCCUGUGAUUCUUUGACAGGUUUCACAUAGUUUUCCUUAAGUUUACGGCCGUUCUGUUGACAAUAAACUCAUAUUUAAUCCGACAUUGCUCCUUUGCUCGUGAGAUAUUUUGAUUGAUUGCUCGCCACGGCAGAGGAGAAAAGUGAAAAGUGGCCUUUUUGUGAUCGUUUUUCCCCGUUUGCUGACAAUUGCGCUCCGACCGACCAGAAAUUAUGGAGUUUUUGUUCGGUUCACGUUCGAGCAAAACCUUCAAGCCAAAGAAAAACAUACCAGAAGGAACACACCAAUAUGAUCUCAUGAAACAUGCCGCAGCCACAUUAGGAUCUGGAAAUUUGCGAAACGCAGUAGCAUUACCGGAUGGUGAAGAUCUCAACGAAUGGGUAGCAGUAAAUACCGUAGAUUUCUUCAACCAAAUCAAUAUGCUUUAUGGAACAAUAACAGAAUUCUGCACAGAAGAGAGCUGUGGCAUAAUGUCGGCUGGACCGAAAUACGAAUAUCAUUGGGCUGACGGUCAAACCGUAAAGAAACCAAUUAAAUGUAGUGCACCUAAAUAUAUCGAUUACUUGAUGACAUGGGUACAAGAUCAACUCGACGAUGAAACUCUAUUCCCAUCAAAAAUUGGCGUUCCAUUUCCUAAGAAUUUUCUAAAUAUUGCAAAAACUAUUUUAAAACGACUAUUUCGUGUUUAUGCUCAUAUUUAUCAUCAACACUUCUCAGAAGUAGUGCGGCUCGGUGAAGAGGCACAUCUGAACACAUCUUUCAAACAUUUCAUAUUUUUCGUUCAAGAAUUCAACUUGAUUGAUCGUCGCGAACUGGCACCACUCCAGGAAUUAAUCGAUAAACUCACAGCGAAAGAUGAGCGGCAGAUAUGAAGUGUUGAGCAUUGCAAUUUUUACAUGUAAACCAUAACAAAAACAAUAGCAACAAUCUUCAAUAUGACACAAUUUUAAUUUUAAGUUUGUAUUUAGUUUAAGGCAGGGUUUAGACGAUAUCUACCUUUUGUAAUGCUGAGCGGUCCGAAGGUUGGCCAAUGCAAAGCCUAUACCGCAGAGUGGUUGCCUCUCAAUGACGCUCAAACUGUAAUGGGGAAUAAUCCUAUGAUCCCUCUUGGGAGACUCUUUAUUUUCUGUUCGAGAUGCUAGGCUCCUUUCGACGCAAUUGUGAACUAUUAUUAAAACGUAAGACAGGGAAAGAUUAAAGCGUAUACAAAUGAAAGCGAAGAAUGUGUUUCAGUUUCUUUUUCCAUUUAGAUACCACCCUGAAAUGAUCUCUUUAGUUCAUGACAUUAUAGUUGAGCUUCGUUGCCGCCAGAGAGUUAAUCGUCUAACCAUGUCUUGGAAAGUAAAACAGAAAUAAAACAUUUCUUGUAAAUGGAAGAAUUAUUCAAUAACUGUUCAUUAGAUUACAUAUCGCUUUGUUCGCGCUGCUAAUUGCAGCUUCAUUGGCCUUCUAAUAGCAUCUAGUGUCGAGUUGGUUUGUGCUUGCACCUUCCGAAAUAAAAAGCAUAAACUACGUAGCUUGAUAUUUGCAACCUUAGUGUACUUCUGUGGGAACUCAAUUAUUCCGUUGCGGGAAUACGGGAGCAUUUUCAUGUGGGGUACAAGUUUACUGCCCUAUUCUGAUAAUUUAUAUUUUUCCAUAUUGAUCUGGAUUCACUGAUCUGAUAAGUCUUGUCGAAUAUAAGGAAUUUGUGGAAAACUGGAAAGAACUGAAAGAUUGAAGAGGAGGAAACAAAGUAAUCUUAAGAAAACAUUUAUUUACAGCAGUUUUCCUUUUGGUUUUUGUAAGCUUAUAUGAUAAUUAAGUUCCACAUGUUUUUGUUAUUUAUUUAUGUGUAGUUUUUGGCUUAAAACAGAAAAUAUAGCAUUUGUGUUAUUUUGUAAUAAGCAGAAAAUAAGAGCUUGUUUUUAUAGAAUCGAAGAAUAAAUAUGUUUGCAUAUCUUUUUUUUAAACAAAGUUGUAUCCUUUUGUUUAAGUAACAGUGAUACGCAAUCGGUAUUUUCAAUUUGCUCCUAGGAAUAAUCCAUUUUUUGCACUUACAAUGCGUUAACAAAUAAUCUCCAGAGAGAAAUUUACUAAAUUAAUAACAGCUAACGUCAUUGGUGAGCAUUUUACAAGCAAAUAAAAACUCUAUUUUAUUCACUCUAUGUCUAUGUAACACGAUUAAUAGAGCUAUGGUGUGAACGGAUGUUCGCUUCUACACAAUAAGAAAGUCUAAGAGGAACUUUGCUGCUUACAAUUAAAAGAAAAUGGAAAUUAAAGAACGUAUUUGUAUACCGAUUUUUGUACUGAAACAAAUAAAAUUUAUGAAAGUCAUAA